AUGGACCCCAAAAAAUCUUCCUCUGCUUCGCCAUUCCCUGCACCCAAGGCCUCCACCUAUCUCCCACCGUUUGAUGCUUCUCCAUCAACGUCCCAAGAAUACCUUAGCGCCCUCGGGUUUCCCCGCGGUAAGGAUCACACCAAAGCCGUGGAGGUCGUCCUUUCCCGCCACCCGCAGAUUAUGCAAUGCCUCCUUCACUACAAAAUGGGGUCGCUCAUCGGCGACUCGUCCGCCCGGAUGCUCGAACAGCUCAACGACUCCGUCAAGUUCUCCCGCCAAGCUCUAGCCCAGUCCCCAAACUCCAUCUCCUUCGCACUCUUCUAUGCCAUCUUGCUCUUCGAACUGGCCCGAAACGAUGCCGGUUCGUACAACGCCGUGGUCCAUGAAUGCGAGCGGGCUUUGCUGAUCGAGAACCCGACGGAGCCAGGGUGCAGAGUCCCGUUUUCGGCCUCCCGACAGCAGAAGAUGAGGAAGAAACUCGUGGAGCUGAUAAAAAAAUCCAAGAGGAAGAUCAUCGUUCUUGGAGGCGGGAACAGAAGGGACAAGUGGAAACGGCUCCUAGUGGAUAAUUCCCUGGCGGAAGUAAAGGCCGAGGUCGAGGCUUUGCUAGGGAGAAAGAAGGAGAUUGCAAUGCCGAGGCCGUCGCAUUUCACAUCGAUCAAGAAGCACAAGAAAGUCAAGUCGAAUGUUGCUACGUUCACACGAGUCAGGGCCUUCUGGAAUGACAGCAUGAGUGUGGAAAAAAAGAGGGAGUUUUUGAGAAUCGGAAUUGAAGACCUCAAAGCAUAUUUGGAUAAGAAUGAUUUGCGAAUGGCGAAAGAGGUUUUGACGGAAGCAAUUGAUUACGGCAAGGCGAAGAAGCUAUGGAGGUUUUGGGCAUGCUAUUGCUGCGGAGAGAGGGUUCUUGAUUCAGAUUUCAGCGAUCAUAUUUGGAAUCAUUUAGGUACUCUAUCGAACAGUUCUCUAUUGCUUAUGCCGGAUGAAGCUCCCGAAAUAGCCGUUGAUGAUAUAUACGAAAACUUCGUUUGGAAUCCCGUGAAAUUGAUUUACGCGGCCAAGAUCAUGGAGAGCUGGUCCGACCCUUCAGAUUGGCCUUCUGUUGAAGACAGUGAGCGGACAAAAAUCAUCGAGAGAAUUCGUGCGAAACUGCAAUUGUUUAGAAGUAACAAAUGUCUUGCUAGGAGCCAUUUGUAUGAACUGCAGUACUUGAUAACGAAGUUGCUGAAAAACUAUACGAUUCAUAAAUCGUUGAUUGAUGGUCUGUGGCUUCGUCACACGCUCAACUUGAUACGCUUUUUGGAGGUUCCGGAGCUCAAGAUUGUUCUUGAGUUCUUGGAAGAAGUGGCCAGUGCUUGCGCAUUGCAUUGCCUUGGUGCGAUCUUUUCGGAGGAUGACGAUCAGAGGUUUUGGGGCUAUGCUCGAGAGAGAAUUGUUUUCAACAGCGACUUCUCAGCUCUCCUUUUUGAUGACCGGUUGUUGCGGGGAGAGAUUGUUGAGCCGGACAGUGGAAUUGCAGUGGUAACUUCAAUAGCUGAAGAUUGUGACGCGGAUUGUGAUAGUGAUCCUUUGCGUUUGGAUGACUGGUUGUUGGGAGGAGAGACUGUUCAGGCGCCGGAUAUUGGAAGUUCAGUGAAAACUAUUAUUGCUGAAGAUAGUGAUGCUUUGGUUGAUUGGCUGUGGACGGAACAUCCUACAAUUGGGGAACAAAUAAAGGCAUGGACAAGUGUGAGAAAAGCUAACCAAAUUCGGGGAAGGGAGUUGUACAAGAUUCUUGAAGAUGAAUCUCGCCGUUUGCUCCAAAUGUAUGAAAGAAAAGGCAAGUAUUUAAGAUAUCAGAAAUCAUUGCAGAAUGUUGAGAGGUUAUGUUCUGAUGAAAAUCGGAAAAGGGAACAAAUAUCAUCCCAAGGUAAUUAUGUAUCCCUGUUGUUCAAACGGUGGAAAGAGCUCGAGAUUGAGAGUAAGUAUGGUGAUGAGACUCACGGUGCUGCUGAAUUGGAUAUCAUAUGGAGUAUUAUGAAGGAUUCAAAAGCAGAUUUUGAAAUUCCAAUGGUAAUCCAGUGGCAGAUAAACCGCUUGGCUCAAGAGCUUUGUAAACUUGAUGCUAUAAUCAUGAUGACUCUUGCUUCCAUUCGGCAAGCUAUGCUGGUAUCUAUGUUUGACUACCGGUUUGUUAUGUUGCCCCAGUUGAAGUCAUUCAUGAAGGCUCAGCUGGAGGAUCUUGUCAACAAAGAUAAUGCUGCUGCAGCAGAGGCUCUGUUAGCAGAGGUUGCUCCUGAUGCCAAGACCACUAACAAAAGAGGAAGACGAGGACAGGGAAAAUCAAAGCAGAAAACGUUGUCUUCUAUAUAAAGCUGAGUCAGCUGGUCCCUAAUGAAGAUGUUGGUUCAAGUGAGCUGCAACACUUUGCAUAAAAAGGUUGGCCUCAUGGGUUCAAUACUUUAUAGUUACUGACAAUGAUAAUGAUGAUGAAAGGGAAAUUAUAGUUCUAGUUUCUGAAGAAUUUGAUAAGUGUCUCACUUUCCUUUAUUGGGUCAAAAUUUAUAAUGAGAUAGCAACGAACUUAGGGACCGUUUAAGUUUUUUAUUUAAAAAUAACGAUUUGAAAACAUGUAAUAUG